AUGGCGGCGCCGUCCCGGCAGGCCCCGGCCGGCGUCCCGGCGCUGCUGGGCGGGGGCCGCGCGCGCUCCUACGGGAGCCUGGUCCGCGCCGCCUGCUCGCCGGUGCGGGAGCGGCGCCUGGAGCACCCGCUGGCGCCCGGGGACACGCUGGCCGGGCUGGCGCUGCGCUACGGGGUCACGAUGGAACAGAUUAAGCGUGCAAACCGCCUUUAUACGAACGACUCCAUCUUCCUGAAGAAAACUCUCUACAUCCCCAUCCAGACAGAGCCCAGAGACAUCUUCAGUGGUCUGGAUUCUGAUGACGAGAAGGAUGGAGAGGAGGGCCAGUCAAGCAAGGAGGAUGUUUGCCCGCACUCAGCGGAGAGGACAAAGACAGAGCGAGGUUUGGGCGGUGCCAAUGUAGCCGCCACAGGCCAGGAGCCCGGCCCGGAUCUCUCUGCCUCGGACUUCCUCAAGAAGCUGGACUCCCAGAUCCGCCUGUCCAAGCAGGCCGCUGCCCAGAAGCUACAGGGUGGGGAUAUCAGGACACUUACGGCAGAUGCAGGACACUCACAGCCGCCCUCGAGCUCCCCCCGGAUGCAGCAGCAUGCUGUGCUUGGGCCUGUACCGCUAACCCGGACCUCUCGCACCCGGACACUGCGGGACCAGGAGGAUGAGAUCUUCAAACUGUGAUGCCGUGGCCCCAGCAGAAGUGCCCCGCGGAAGCAGCUGCUGUUGGGGAAGAGACCGCCGUGAGGCCGAGGGUGUGGCUCCUUGCCACUGCCGCCUCCUGGCCCUCCCAGGCCAGGUCCUGGUGCAAGGCUAGUGGCCGGGUGGACCCUCCUCGGCGGUCCUGAGGGGAGCGCUGCCCUCUAGAUCAGGUGCUCCGGAUGUCCCGGCGUGCCUCUUGGCCUUAGAACAGGGAGGCAGGAACCCCGUUCCCCAACCCAGUCUGCCCACUUCCUGCCCGUCUCCAGUUUUGUAAUCUUAUUUAUUUGGUGCUAUACUGAAGUCCUAUUUAUUUGCUCACUCUUACUCUGUCCCCUCUUCACCGACAGUUGGGGCUUCUACAGUCCUCAGGCCAGGUAUCCCAGGAAUUGAGGGCAAGCUGGUCCCCGCCUGCUUAACCAAGUUUAGGAUUAGAAGGCGGUAGGUGUGGCCAGCCCUACUGUGGGGUGUUUGGACAGGGCUAGGGUAGGGUGUCGCCUUCUUUACCAGCUCACUUUCUGCGUAAGUCCUGGGCUAAGAGAGCAGGGCGGAAGCUCUGGCAGGCUCCAGGCCACCCCCGACCCGCCUCUGCUGGGGAGGCUCAGGGCUGGAGAGGGGGUGGAAGUGAGUCUGGGGGGGCUCUGCUAGGCCCCCCAGGCCCACCUGUCUGGGACUAGCUGCUCACUACGUUAUCUGCUGCUCGUAGCCAGAC